AUGCCACCAUCCAGCGCCUCAGCCUCCACCCUCUCCACCCUCUCACCACCACGAGACCGCCGCCGCAACCCACAGGCCGGCACCACCAACCCCCCUCCCCACCAUCACGCCUUCCACCUCCUGCACGCCGCCUCCACGCACCUCACGACGCGCGUUCACGAUGCCAUACGGCACUUUCUGCAAACCAGCGCCGCGGAGCGCGGCGUCGACCACUUCAGCACGACAUUCCGGAUCCCGCUUCACUAUCUCCCCGGGGCCUCUGGCAUAGUCUUCGCGCCAAAGGUCCUCGCGAACGGCGCGGACAUGCUCGCCUUCUGCGACGCCGAGAGCGAGUUCGUGUGGUUCUUGUGGGCUGGAGAACGACUUGGUGGGAGGGGGGGCCUUGAGGCGUUCCUGCAGGGGAUGGUGAACACGGGGGAGAUUGUGUGGUGUGGGGAGUGGGUGAGAUCAACUCCUAAUCCAGAUGGCUUCAGCGGGGAAGAGUGGACGGAUUCGCCGUGGCAUCGCUUUCUGGGGCUCUGUCGGCGCGCGAAGAUGGAGGCGGAGACUGCGGCGAGGAAUAGAGGUGUUGAGACUCAGAGACAGACGUGGGUCAGGGUUGUGCCAUAUCGGUUUUUGAAGGGGCAAGAGGCUGUUGAGGAGGGUGGGGAGGAGAAUCCACCACAGCACGUUCCGGGGAGCUAUCACGACUUCGAUUACGGGUUUGGAAAGAUUAGAAAGACUCCCAGUUCGGAGAGUCAACGGGUUGCGGUUGGGAUCGAGGAGAAAGAGGAGGUGCGGAAGGCAAGAUUGAGGAGGGAAGAGCGGAGGAUUUAG